CCCUUCCGGGGCCGAAAGCGAAAGCGCGCUCGGUCUUUCGGUGCUCGCUCCAUCGGGUCUGGCCGGGCUGGCAGCUGCGAGGACCCGGGUCUGGCGCUGUGGGCCGGAAGCCGUGGGGCGGCAUGGAGGGGCUGGUUGUCGCCGCCGGCGGGGACGUCUCCCUGCACAACUUCAGCGCGAGGCUGUGGGAGCAGCUGGUCCACUUCCACGUCAUGCGGCUGACGGACUCGCUGUUCCUGUGGGUGGGGGCCACGCCGCACCUGCGCAACCUCGCCGUGGCCAUGUGCAGCCGCUACGACUCCAUCCCCGUGUCUACCUCCCUCCUUGGAGACACUUCCGACACGACCUCUACUGGCCUUGCCCAGCGCCUAGGGCUCGGAGGGAAGACUGGCCUGGCCUGUGAGUGUGGUGUAGAGCGGGGAUUAAGGGGGAUUGAGGCUGAAGGCUUCACUCCUCCCACACCCCAACACACUUCCUGUGGGCCAGCCAGGAAGACCAACAAACAGGUGUUUGUCAGCUAUAACCUUCAGAACACAGACAGUAACUUCGCAUUACUUGUAGAAAACAGGAUCAAGGAAGAGAUGGAGGCUUUCCCCGAAAAGUUCUAGCUGAGUGGCAGAAGUGAGAAUUUGUAAACUUAUGUACAAUGUACGUGUAAAUAAAUGGAUUGAAUUUCA